AUGGAAACCUUUAUGAUUUCAAACAAAGUUUCUUCUUCUUUUUCUUAUUCUCAUACAACAAAAAUUACAGCAACAAACAAGUUUCAUAUAACCAAAAUCUCCAUUCCAAAGCUUCCUAAUAGAUUAAACUAUCUAAAUAAUUACACUUUAGCAACAUCUCAUGUAAAGAACAAUGAUCCUUACAAUAACAAUAACAAUAACAAUUCAAUACCAUUUAACAGAAGCACCUCAAAUUCAAAGGAGGUUAUUAAGCUUCACAUGAUUAUGGAAAUCAUAUCAGAUAGAUUAGAAAUGCACAAAAACAUUGGAAUCCAACGCGACAAUUGGAACCAUCUUCUGCUGUCAUCAAUCAACAUGAUGACACUUUCUGCUGCAUCAAUGAUUGGUCUUGCAUCAGUUUCAUCAAGUGGAGUUGAAUCACCUCUUUUAGCAUUGAAAGUUUCUUCCACAAUUCUUUACAUGGCUUCCACUGGUUUGCUUCUGUUGAUGAACAAAGUUCAGCCAUCACAGCUUGCAGAAGAACAGAGAAAUGCUGUUAGAUUCUUUAAGCAGCUUCAAGGAGAAUUCAAAACAAGGCUUGUUCUUGGGAAUGUUACUGAAUUUGAUGUUGAUGAAGCAAUGGAGAAAGUUUUGGCAUUGGAUAAAGCUUUUCCUCUUCCUUUGUUAGGAUCAAUGAUUGAGAAGUUCCCUCAAAAUGUUAAACCAGCAAUAUGGUGGCCACAAAGGAAGCAAAAAUAUAAAGGGCAAAAUGGGAAAUUGAAAAAUAAUAAUGGAUGGGAUUUAAGGUUGGAAGAGGAAAUGAAAAAGAUUGUGAUGGUUUUGAAAAAGAAGGAUAUGGGAAAAAAAUUGAAGUUGAGUGAAUUUUUCUUGAAGUUGAAUAAAAUAUUAGCAGUUUCUGGUCCAAUACUAACUUGUCUUGCAGCAGUUGGUUCUGUUUUUUUGGGCUCUGUUAAUUCAACUUGGCCUGUGAUGCUUGCUAUUAUUUGUGGAGGUUUGGCAAGUGUUGUUAAUACUAUAGAACAUGGUGGACAAGUUGGGAUGGUGUUUGAGUUUUAUAGGGGAGCUAGUGGUUUCUUUAAGCUCAUGGAAGAGACUAUAGAGGUAAAUUUAAAUGAAGACGAUUUUCUUAAAAGAGAAGAUGGUGAGUUGUUUGAAAUUAAACUUGCUUUACAAUUAGGUAGGAGUGUCUCAGAACUAAGGCAAUUUUCUGACUUUUUACCUUCCUUAGAUGAUGAUGAUGCUUGUGAAGAGUUUGCAAGCAAGCUUUUCUAG